AUGGUCCACACCGAACACCAACCCCAGGCCACCACCGACCUCUUGCCCAUCAUCGACCUCGGACUCUACCUCCAGAACCCCGACGCCCCCGAGGCCAUCGCCGAGAGCAAGCGUGCUGCUGAUGCCAUCCGCGAUUAUGGUGCCUUGAUUGUCAAGGACCCCCGUGUCACUGAGCAGGACAACAACAACUUUAUCGACUUGAUGGAGGACUACUUCAACCAGGACUUUGAUGUCAAGCUCAAGGAUGCCAGACCCGACUACGGAUACCAGGUCGGUGUCACCCCCGAGCUGACCGAGGACCCCAAGUGCCCCAAGGACCCCCACUGCCUCGAUAUCAUCGAUCACAUUCCCGAGGCCAACAGACCUUUGAAGUUCCAUGGCGCUGAUCCCAAGUGGCGCUUCUUCUGGCGCAUUGGUGAGCAGCCCCCAGCUACCAAGUUCCCCCGCCUCAACGCCGAGCCCGUUGUCCCUGAAGCUUUCAAGGAUGUCUGGUCGGAGACGAUGGACGUGUGGGGCAACACUCUUCACUUGGCUGUCUUGGGACUUGCCGAGAUGAUUGCUGUUGGUUUCGACUUGCCUAAGAAGACCUUUGUCGAUAUGGCCCAGUACGGACCCCACUUGCUUGCCCCUACUGCCAGCGACUUGAACAAGUACGGCAAGGUCGGCACCGUUCUCGCCGGAUUUCACUACGAUCUCAACUUUUUGACCAUUCACGGCAAGUCGCGUUACCCUGGAUUGAACAUCUGGCCCCGUAACGAGUCUGAGAAGUUGGCCGUCCGUGUCCCCGACGGUUGCUUGUUGGUCCAGGCAGGAAAGCAGUUGGAGUGGUUGACGGGUGGAGUUGUUCAGGCCGGAUACCAUGAGGUGAUUGUGAACGAGGCGACCGUGAAGGUGAUUGAGAACAAGACCAACGACCGCCCCUUGUGGAGAAUCUCGUCGACGUUCUUCUUGCACAUUGCCUCGGACAACAUUCUGCGCCCUCUCGAAGGUGUCUUUGACACGGAGGAGAAGCGUGCUGCCAAAUACCCCAAGAUCCAUACUGGCGACCAGGUCCGCAAGGAGCUCGGUUUGAUUGCUCUUUUGGAGAAGUAG